GGAACUCCCGAAGUACUUCGGCAACCCGUUAUAACGGUCGACAUGGCGACCGAGGAAAUAAUCAAGCGUUUUCUUAAAAAAAGAUGAAGAUAGCAGAUUCUCCGUAAGAAUGAGAGAGUGCAUGUGUUUCAGGUCUCACACCAUGUGAUGAUCACCCGGGACGUGUGAACUUAAUUAAAAACUCCUGUGUUGAGAAGAUUUUUUGAUUCCAGUGGAAUCUUCCAUUUUCCCCCCAUCUGUUUCGUUCCUUUUUGUUAAAUGAAACGCCCAAUCGCACACACACCUAGAAGAAACCCCCCCAGCUUUUUUUACAUGUAGAAUACCCUUGCUACGAUGCCUGUACAAGCUCCACAAUGGACAGAAUUUUUACUGUGCCCCAUAUGCACACAAACAUUCGAGGAGACGGUGCGUCGGCCCAUCAGUCUGGGUUGUGGCCACACCGUUUGCAAGAUGUGCCUCAACAAGCUGCACCGCAAGGCCUGUCCAUUCGACCAGACGACCAUCAACACUGACAUCGAGCAGUUGCCUGUCAACUCGGCCCUGUUACAGCUGGUCGGGGGCCAGGUGCCCAAACUGCAACCUGUGGUACUCAUUACUUGUCCAGAGGACACCAAGCAUUAUGAGGAGGCACGGCAGUGUGUUGAGGAGCUGGCCCUGUACCUCAAACCCCUCAGCAGUGCGCGAGGGGUGGGGUUGAGUAAUACUGCUCAGAGCAUGCUGAGUCGCCCCAUGCAGAGGAAGCUGGUGACUCUGGUGCACUGUCAGUUGGUGGAGGAGGAGGGCAGGGUCAGGGCCAUGCGGGCGGCACGCUCUUUGGGUGAAAGAACUGUCACUGAGCUCAUCCUGCAGCACCAAAACCCCCAGCAGCUCUCCUCUAACCUGUGGGCUGCUGUAAGAGCCAGAGGCUGCCAGUUCCUGGGCCCAGCCAUGCAGGAAGAGGCACUAAAGCUGGUGCUGUUGGCCUUGGAAGAUGGAUCUGCUCUUUCCAGGAAGGUUUUGGUCCUCUUUGUGGUUCAGAGAUUGGAACCAAGGUUUCCUCAGGCCUCCAAAACUAGUAUUGGACAUGUAGUUCAGCUCCUAUACCGUGCCUCCUGCUUCAAGGUGACUAAACGAGACGAGGACUCAUCACUAAUGCAGCUGAAAGAGGAAUUCCGCACAUACGAGGCACUUCGGCGGGAACACGACUCUCAGAUUGUUCAAAUCGCCAUGGAGGGAGGACUCCGCAUCGCCCCUGAUCAGUGGUCCUCUCUGCUCUAUGGAGACCAGUCCCAUAAGUCCCACAUGCAGUCCAUUAUUGACAAGCUGCAGACACCAGCAUCGUUUGCUCAGAGUGUGCAGGAGUUGACCAUCGCACUGCAGAGGACAGGGGACCCCGCCAACCUCAACCGGCUAAGACCUCACCUUGAGCUGCUCGCUAACAUUGACCCCAGUCCAGAUGCACCUCCACCUACCUGGGAACAGCUGGAGAAAGGGCUUGUGGCGGUAAAAACAGUGGUACACGGCCUGGUGGACUUUAUCCAGAACCACAGUAAGAAGGGUGCUGACACCCAGCAGCCACCCCAGCACAGCAAAUAUAAGACCUAUAUGUGCAGAGACAUGAAGCAGAAAGGAGGCUGUCCCAGAGGAGCUAGCUGCACAUUCGCCCAUUCUCAGGAAGAGCUGGAAAAGUACCGCAAAAUGAACAAACGUCUUGCAGCGCGGUUGCCCUGCACUCCUGGCUUGCUGCCUGAUGAGAUGGUUUCUCUUGAGCCUGGGCGAAAAGCUUCAGCCCUUUCCAACGGCAUUGUGACACCUGGUUCUGGGACACCUCUCCCUCAGCUCAUCCCCAGAGGCACAGACCUCUCUGCAUAUGACCUCCUAUCCAAGCCCAAGAUGGAUUCUAGUAUGAGUGCUCCUGGGUCACCACCAGACUGUUUGGAUAAACCUGGCCUGGCCCUGACAUCUCACCCCAGGGUUGAGCACUUACCCAUGCCCAAGCAGGUGCCAGCCAUGCCCAGAGGUGCGCCACAGAUGUAUCCUCAACAGCAGCCUGAGCUCUUCUACCCAGAGCCAGGCAGACCUCCUCCCUCAGGAUCUCAGUAUGAUGCUCAGUACCCAGCAGGCAACCCCUACCCUUAUCAACCUCCACAGUAUGUACCUCCCCGCUAUAUCCGUAACCCACCUCCCCCAGGCGAGUCUUCAGUGUCCCCUUACCCAGAGUCCUACCCAGGUUAUGGCCCAGAGCGCCAAUAUCAGGGCCACCAUGCCGGUCCUCCUUUCUCAGCCCAUCCCUACGCACCACCCUCCCAUUAUAGCCGCAGACAUGGACACUAUCCUCCACCUCCAUUUGCCCCUUCUAGAGACGACUUGGUGAGGAUGAGCCCGGUUCCUUUGGACGUUCCCCCAGCUCCUAUGCAUCCACCUCCAGCAGGGAGUUCAGGGUCUCUGUACCACCCCCAGGAGACUUUAUCCCGAGACAGAUACCCACCUGAUGGUUACUAUCCUCCUGGACCCCACCCCAGCCAAAUGAGGUCCCACAUAAGAGACCCGUACAGCCGCUCUCAGCCCAGUCUGGAUGACUUGCACCGCAGGCGUAAGGAGCUGCUGGUCCAGCUGGAAGAGAGGAAAGUCAUCUCUCCUCCACCUUUUGCUGCCUCCCCCACCCUGUCCACUCACCCAUUUACCAACGACUACCCUCAGGAGUAUUUGGAGGAUGGCUCUAAAGCUUUUGGAAGCCGGGAGCCAGACUAUGCUGGGCAGUAUUCCCCCUGGUCAUGUGACACCAUAGGAUCAUACAUUGGCUCCAAGGAUGCUAAACCAAAAGAUGUCAGUAGUGCUGUGGAGAUGAUGAAUGCAGAUGGAAAAGUUCUGCACGAGCCUCCAUUGGACGCCCAGCGACGCUCUGCAGAAGCCAAAGACGAUGAUCCCAUCAUUCCCUUUGGUCCUCUGCCCACAGUGUCUCCCUUUGGAGCCAUUUCACGCACCUCUAAAAUGGGUUACCAGACCACUGGGCCAGUACAGGCCAUGGCCUCUUCACAGGUCUCGGGUUCCAAACACAUGACCGCAGACUACUCAUAUGGAAACCACAGUGGUUGGGGCGGAGCAUCUUACCCUCAACACCAGAGCAUGAACUCUCAGGGACACUUCAGUGAGCGUCUGCCUGUUUCUGGCCCUGAUCGUGAGCAGCUCAAGUUUGAACUCCAGCAAGUCAACCAGCAGAUCAGUCAGCAGACCCGUGGCAUGGAGGCUGCCAGUAACUCCAUGCUCCUGCAAAGAGAGACAUGUGCACUGGCAUCUCAGCCUGCGCCGGCAAUGAAGUGGUCUUCAGGUGACGCUGUGUCCAGUGAGCAGCUCAGCAUGGAGCUGCAUCACGUAGAGCGAGAGAUCGGAAAGAGAACCCGUGAAAUCGCCAUGGAGAACCAGGUGACCCAUGAAUACAAGCUGAAGCCCGCAGAGAAUGGGCAGCCGGACCAUAAAGCCCAGCUGGAGGAACUAUCUUUAGCUUUGGGUGAGGUGUCUAAUGGAUCCAGUGGCAUGAAGCCAGCCAGUAAUGUGGGUGGAUCUAUGCUGUCUCUGAACAAUAAGACGUCUUCUCUCACCCUCUGCUCGGCUGAGCAAGCGGCGAGUAGCUCAGACCUUCAAAAGAAUGGUGUUGUUCACUCUUGCUAAUAAGCGUAUUUACACGCAAGCGGCACAUGCACACGCAUACACGCACACAAACAACCUCACCGCCUCCAAAGGUCAAUAUUCUUUCUUGGAGGGCUUAAAAACAUCUAUUGACUAAUUCAGCUUCAAGAGAUGGAGGAUCAGGAUGCGUUUUUUUAAUAUUCAGAAGGGACAUAUUCUCACACACACACACACGCGCACACACAUUUGCAUGCUGCUACAUGCAUGCACAAACACAAACUUCUCUGUUGUUUUAUUUAGAGAAAUGAGCAGUAUCUGCCGUGAUAUAAAUUUUCUUUCUUUUUGUUCUGUGAAUGAGCUUUUUGUUUUAAAUGACUUCUCAUUGCCUGGAAACCAGGGCAUCUGAAUAAUGCUUACUUUUUGUUGUUUCCCCCAAAUAUCGACAAAGAACAGUAAUCCCAAAGCUAGCAUGGAAAAGAUGAGGCAAAUUUGAUCAAAACAAGAAUCCAGCACACUAUUUUUAGCAUCAGGGCUAGUUGCUGAUUUGUGACUGCAGUCUAGGCCUCUGUUGAAACGUUUAGCUCCCUGGAUCUUUGCAGCCUUGAAUAUGAUCUGACUCACCAGGUUUAAAGUAGCAUGGAGAACCUUUUAUGAAUCCAUUUUUAUGGACCGUUAACACAGGUCUCCCCACAUGAAACACAACCGUGGCAGUGUAUCGCUGUAAGGCAGUAAGAUUGAGCUCUGGAUAACACAAGGGGAAAGAGAGAUAUAUAUAUAUAUAUAUAUAUAUAUAUAUAUAUAUAUAUAUAUACACAGUAUAUAUAUCUACAUAUAUAAUCAGUUGUCAGGUUUCGUUUAAAUUAUUUAGUUUGGCUAUAUAACUGUUAAGGAAUUUGUAAAUGUAUGAUAACGUGUCUAAAGCAUUCUGUUUUAUAGAAUGCAAACAAAUGUCUUUAAAAAUGAGCACUUUUUUUCCAUGUUUUUCCCAUGUGUGUGUGCUUUUUAGUAGAAGAGGUGCAACACUUCAAGUCCCUUGUGUUCUUCAGAGCUUUGUGGUUCAGGGUUAUUUUUUUCCCGUUCCUUGUGCCACAGUUGUUGCGUAAGAUUACAGCCUAUUAGGAAAUCAUUUCACCAGUUUUCCCUAACUUCUGUGAAGUUGCUUAUUUGGCUCUCCUGGUUGAGUUUGCAUAUUCGGGUCUUGCCUCUAAAUCGCUGCUUAGAAAUAUACCAGGGUGUGUAGUUUCAACAAAACUGGGUCUUGUCGAGUUACAGUUUUGACACUCUGGAGAAAAUUCAUGAAAAUCCUGAUGGGUUUCCAGACUGGUGUUCAUAUUAGAUUAGCUAUUUAAUGUCUUUUAAAUUGCAUAGAUCUGUAAAUUACCUCCUUAUCAUUUCUUUAAUUUGUUCAGAAUCAAUUCUCCAGAGAAAAUGACAAAUUUCUGUAGAAAUAGAUAGUUUGUAAAAACCAUUCUUGCACACAUUAUCGCAAUGAAUUGUACGCAAGACUUGUUUUACAAUUAUUUCGCUCAUGAUUGAGGCCCAUUGAGUUUAUACUUCUGUUACCCUGCUUUGACUUGUGUGUUUUUACACAAUCUGUUCAAUGACUGUUUAAAAACAAGGCCCCAUAAAACAAAGAGAACAAGAUUAUUUGCAGUCUGAAGUCUUCCUAUAGUGAUGACAUUCUUCACGUGUGACAUUUUGUUCUAGUCUCUUGAGACCGACUAUGAUAUGCAGCUCCAAUUUUGGGUGCAACCUCUUAACGUGUAAUCUUUGUCAUUUCUGUGCUAUAGCCGUGGUGAUAUAGUUGAUUUCUCUUAUUAUUAUGAUGACUUGUAGUCAUGGUCAUUAUUGAAUCUUUUUGCUCGUGAAAGAGCACACAGCUUUUUCAAGCAAUCGUCAAGAUUUAAGUCGCGCUGUGCUGACACGUAGAGAUGACGUCGACCUUCCUGAUGAGGGUUAAACUUAUUGUUUGAUGUCCAUCACAAUCGCUUGGCAAGUUCUCCAAAAUGUCAUCUUUCUCAAUGCGGAGUUGUUACCACCUCCCUCUCCUUGACUAGGAAAUAUAAUUCUCUAUGAAUUUUAGUAGCAUUUUUCCAUGCUGUAGAAGAUUACAAAUCCCAUGACCUAGUUAAUGCAUUGCCUGAUUUGAGAUGUACUGUGUAGGGUUAGCUAAUGAUUUCUUAGCUGAGCCUAUUGUUUCCUUUCUGGUGAAUCUGGCCCCAAACUAGAGCUUUAAGAUCUUUCCAUCUGCUCUUAGGGUUCUGUUUUGAAGUAUUCUGUAAUUUAGAUAUUUUUACCCCAAAACAGCAAAUUAAGCUGAUUUUUAGGACCAUAAAUAGUGUUUGGUAUUAUGAAAAUAAAAAUCUGAAUUUAAUUUGACACAAGGUAAAUGAAGCUGAUUUUUAGGACCAUUACGAAUUUUAGUAUUAUGGCCAUAUUUACAUAACAAUUGCACUCGUAUGUUUGGACAUUUUACUUUGUAAUACUGAAAAACUUCCAUUCUCAAUGGUGAUUCUCAUUAGAUGCAAGUCAUGUUACUAUAAUACAAUGCUAUAAUCCAGUAAAACAAAAAGUUACAAAUACAUUUAUAUUUAAAUCGGUAAAACAAAUAACAACAUUAUGUAUAAAUACUGAAUUACUCUUGCGCUACUGUAAUGAGAAUAAAAUUUUUUCAAAAUGAAAAUAAAUGGCACAAUUCAGAAAUUAUUAAUGGUCCUAAAUAUGCAAAAUGUUAUGUAUUUCUUAUUUGGGGUUAAAAUUUGACCUGACAUGUACUUGACAGGUUUGUGAAAUUCACCCAGUUGUUGAAUACAUAAUUCAAUCACUAUUACGUGCCACCUCACCCAUCCAAUCUGCAUUUCUUCAAUUUCCAUCUGAAUUAGCCAAAUUAAUUCAUUUCUUUAAAUUGAGGUAAAUUGCACCAGGAGGAUAUAAUACACUCACUGAAUUCCCUUUGUAUUCAAACGGUAAAAUAAAACUAUUGCUUACUGCUUAAAUUGCAUAGGAUAUGUUCAGAAAGUGGCUACAUGAUAAUUGACAUCGAUAAAGGCAUAUGAACCCGAUUAACCACAGUACAUGGCAAGGCUUGGUAUAUGGAGAAAAGGAAUUUUGCUUUGUUUUGUCGUCCACUUGUUGUUUGCCAAACUGAAUUUGCUAACACGCUCCAGUCACCAUUAGCAUUGUGAUUUCUUUGGUUCUGUGCUAGCGUGAUGAGCAUUUGGUUUCGCAAUGCUAAUCGCUUCUAUGAUAAUUAAACAGCGCCUGACACAUUAACCAACGCUUCUCGGGUGUGCUGAUAUUUUUUCGUUUGGCUUUCACAGAGUGCCCAAAGCUGUAUUACAGUAAGCAUUCUCGAGUGAUGCACUGACAGGAUGCUUUUUAUUUUAAUCUUUGGAUUAUAUGGGAAUGUGCUAUCUUGCUUGGGUGCUAUAGAACUUUUGUUUUCUCUAAUUAUCAGUGGUCUCACUGAGUUUAUUACUUCUGCGUGGAUAUUUUUCGUUUGUUUUACGAUCAUGUUAACCAUCCACACAUAGCGAGUUAAUGGGAAAAGACUCAGUAAGGUUCAUUUACAGUUUCGUGCAUGAGGUUUUUUCCCUCAACAAAGAAAUUGAUGGAUAACGUGGUUUUCUUUGAGAAGGGGUCUGUUCCUAAUAGAUGAUAUUCAUUUCUCUGCCUGGAUUGUGUCUGUUUUGAACAGACCUGUUGAAUUCAUUUAAAUGAAAAUCAAAUUAACUCAUUUUGAACCUUAUAACACUGUUAUGGCUGUGUCUUUUUUUUAUUUUAUUAUUAUUCCUAACUUUUUUGGGAAAUGUAAUGGCUUUUUUAUGAUUACUUCCAAGUUGUCUUGUAAAAUCUCUUAAAUUAAGGUACAGGCUCAAUUUCAACAAGGAAAGGUUUUAUAUAUAAAUAUAUAUUAUACUCCAUUAAGGAAUGUUUAGAACCAUCUUACUCCAAUGUGGAUGUAACCAUUAUUACGCCAUUUUAUGACUUUGUAAAAGAAUUCACUGUGUGAAAAUUGGUUUGCAUUUUUGUAUAAUACAAUCUGCUUUUUUUGUUUGAUCGAAAGGAGAGGGAGGUGAAACUGGAUGUUAAAGGACAAGAUUAAAAAAUAUUUAACAGAAACCUGUGAUAUGGGAAGAAAAUGUAACUUGUGCACAACAAUGAUUCUAAAUGAGGGAUGGAAUAAACAAUGUUGGUAAC